AUGUCGCUUCGGCGCAUGAUGCUCUUUUGGGCCCUGGCCUUCUUAGGCACGGUAUCCGAUGCAAAGCUGGAACCACGGGACGUCAAGACGCAGCCCAUUGAGAUCAUUGACGGAUCAUCUACGCAGUAUGACACUCUGACAAGCACAUUUCUCAUCCGAACCGAUGCUACGUACACUGCCACUUUCCCCGUUUAUGGACAUGGUGAACCCAACACUACAUACAACAUUCCCCUCUUGGACUCUCAGAAUCCAUCCUGUGGAACUAUCAUGGUCGAGAGCCAUGUGACCAUAUUAACGUCGACUGAUCGUAUUAUAUCUGAGCCUGAGACAACCACUCUGCCUACCCAAAAUGCAUGCGACAUAGUAACCGUGAUCGUCAGAAUGCAAGGUUACAGGAAAAACGAUACAAAUGCUCCUCUGUCCCAAGCUCCGGUCUUGGCUUUAGCUCCUUCAGAUACCGACAGUUCUUCUCCAGAAAGUUCUGCCGUUUCUCAAGGUGGCUCCGCCAUUUCUUCAGAUCCUGCAGUGCCGUGGACUACAAUAACCACUCAAGGAACUGGUACUGAUGCUAUGACCACCACGCAAUCUCCAACUAGACCCGGUGAGAUUGGCACCGUUUGGGUCAUGGCGGCCAGAUCUCAAAUGACCUCGGAUGCUCCAAUUGACUAUACCACCAUCACCAGCACCGGCACCGGCACCGAGACCGGUACCUACACUAUCACCGAGACCCCGUCAGGACCUGGUCUUGGUACAGUGGUGAUUGUGGUACCGAGCCCGAUAGCUCGUUAUGUUACCGUGACAUCCUACGAUGGCUCGCUUACAGCUAUAGUCACAAGUACAAUGACUCCCAGUGCUCCUGGCGCCACUGGCACGGUUAUUGUCUAUGAUCCAUACGAUUGGGUGACCACCACCUCUUAUGAUGAUGCAGUUUCAUCUGACUCAACAACCUCUAUGUGGCCUUCUGCGUCUGAUCAUACAGGCACGGUAGUCGUGUAUAGAGCAUAUAAGUGGGUGACAGUCAGCACAUAUGACGCAACAAUCACAGCCGCAUCUACUCAGACAAUAUCCCCGAGCUCUCCAGAUCAGACGGGUACCGUCCUGAUAUACCAGCCAGAUCCAUGGUUCACAUUUACUUCCUAUGGAAGUGUCACGGCGGCAUCAACCACCACUAUGUAUCCAACUGCUCCAGGCGCAACAGGCAACGUUAUUAUUUACAGGCCACAACAGUUGAAAACCAUCACCUCUUACGACCCAUCGGCUACAGUCGCAUCCACGACCACCAUGUCACCAUCUUCUGAAGCAGAGACAGUCACUGUCAUGGUAUAUGAGCCAUAUCAGUGGACGACAGUUACGUCUUACGGGGAGUUCACAGCUGCUUCUACAUCUACCAUAUCUGCAACUGCUCCAGAGGCAACAGGCACUGUUAUUGUGUACCAGCCUGACCACUGGACGACCGUCACGUCUCAUGGGGAAUACACAGCUGCAUCUACAUCUACAAUAUCUCCGACUGCUCCAGGUGCAACGGGCACGGUUAUUAUAUACCAGCCCAAUCACUGGACCACCGUCACAUCUUAUGGAGAAUUCACCGCCGCAUCUACAUCUACCAUAACUCCAACUGAUCCCGAUGCUACGGGCACUGUUAUUGUGUAUCAGCCUGAUCAGUGGGUGACCACCACUUCUUUUGGACAGUUCACCGCUGCGUCUACAACUACAAUCUCUCCAUCUACCCCAGGUCAAACAGGUACCGUGGUGGUCUUCAGUCCCCAGCCAUAUUCGACCUUUACUUCGUAUGGCGACGUCUCGACCGAGACCACAUAUACUUCGCCUCCCCCUGCUCCUGGACAGACAGGUAUCGUUAUGGUUUUGAUGCAACAGCCAUAUACGACGGUUACUUCGUACGGGGGCGUGACGGCUGAAUCUACAACUACUAUCACGCCAACGAGCCCAGGUCAAACGGGCACUGUCGUGGUCUUUGAUCCACAGAUGUACGUGACGACUACCAGAUAUGGAAGGGUCACAGCUGCUACGACGACAACUGAAGACGGCAACAGUAUUGGACCCAACCCGACUCUCACAGUCGUGGUUGAUCUACCUCAGCCUUACACUACAGUCACCAGCUAUGGCUCUUUCACCGCAGCCAACACUGUGACAUAUCCACCCUCUGUUCCAGGGCAGGUCGGCACUGUAGAAGUUGAUCUUCCGCUGCCUUACACAACCGUCACCAGGCACAAAGAUGGUAUGACUACUGCUGCGACUACAACAUACCCAUUCGACGUUCAAGCAAAAUUUGCUACUGUCGAGGUUGACCUGCCUCAGUCCUACACGACACUCACAAGCUACAUUCCAGGCCUCGCGGGCCCGGCAUCUACAACCUUACCGGUAGAUAAUCCAGACGAUGUGAUGACUGUGAUCGUCAAUCUUCCGCAGCCAUAUACAACCAUUACAACCUAUGUUGACAGUCUAACUGCACCUGUGACUACGACAUACCAACCAGCAAAUCCAGGGGAUCCUGUUACUGUUUUGAUUGAGGACCCUCAGGCAUACACAACCAUCACAACAUACGUUGACAGUCUGACAGCGCCUCUAACAACAACGAAACGGCCGGCCAGUCCCGGCGAUCCUGUCACUGUUGUGAUUGAGAGCCCUCAGGAAUACAUAACCGUGACAACAUAUGUUGACAGCAUAACUGCACCUUUAACUACGACAAAACGGCCCUCCAACCCGGGGGAUCCAGCCACUGUUGUUAUUGAAAGCCCUCAGGCAUAUAUAACCGUCACAACAUAUAUUGACAGCCUUACUGCGCCCCUGACAACGACAAACCGGCCGGCAAAUCCUGGUGAUCCUGCUACUGUCGUAGUCGAGAGUCCCCAGGCAUACACAACCGUCACAACAUAUGUUGACAGUCUGACUGCACCUUUGACUACGACCAAUCUACCGGCUCAACCUGGGGACCCUGCCACCGUUGUCGUUGAGAGUCCCCAGCUGUAUACGACUGUGACUUCUUAUGGUGCUUGGACUGCACCUACUACUACAACGCUACCACCUACUGGGCCUGGAGGCGUGGCCACUGUCGUUGUAGAGAAUCCUCAGGGAUACACAACCGUCACGACCUAUGUUGAUGGUCUGACUGCACCUGUAACUACGACAAAGCAGCCGGCUAAUCCUGGAGAUUCUGCCACUGUUGUUGUAGAAAGUCCCAAGCGGUACACCACUGUAACCAGUUAUGGUUCCUAUACAGCAGCUGUGACAAACACCUUGGCACCGGCAUCUCCAGGUGAUGUUAAUACUGUUGUCGUAGGAAUACCCCAGUCAUAUACAACCGUGACAAGCUAUGGCAGCUUUACAGCAGAAAGAACUACUACAAUGGCACCAGCAUACCAAGGUGCUGUAGCCACUGUCGUUGUUCAAGAGCCCCAGGCUUACACAACCGUCACAAGCUGGGGUGCCUUCUCAACAGUUGGUACCACUACCUAUUCACCAAUCUCUCAGGGUGGCACUGCAACUGUUGUUGUUCAAAACCCUCAGCCCUAUACAACCGUAACAACUUACGGUGCAUUCUUAACAGCCAGCACCACUACCUAUCCGCCAAACUCUCCAGGUGGCACUGGUACUGUGGUUGUUCAAAACCCUCAGCCUUAUACAACUACCACGACCUGGGGAGCCUUCUCAGCAGCUAGCACCACAACCUAUUCGCCAGGUUCUCCGGGUGGCACUGCAACUGUCGUUGUUCAGCAACCCCAGUCCUAUACGACCGUCACAAGUUGGGGUACUUUCUCAACAACUAGUAGUACCACCAUAUCGCCAACCUCCCCUGGCGGCGUUGCUACAGUUGUUAUGCAAAAUCCCCAGCCAUACACCACUGUAACUAACUAUUAUACCACUGUAUCAACCAUGAGCACGUCCACUGGGACUCCGGCCUCCGCUGGACAGACAGCUACUGUGGUGGUCGUCGCGCCCGCAGUUGGUACAAAGGCUGCAGAUCAAACAUGCGACAACGGUGGUUUGGAAUACGCUAUCUACACUAACUCGUUCUACAACGCUGAUGCACCGAACUACUCCUCCCUCAACAUAUCCUAUUUUGCAACAGCCUCGCCGACUUACACUGGUAUCACGCAUUCAAUUGGUAUCACAGAACCAGGCGGCGUGAAAUCAGGAAACUCCGGCCCCGCCCAGGUUAUUUAUCCUGGCGCACCAAGUCAAACAUGGCAGUAUAAGGCUGUUAACCACCGGGCUUACUUAUAUGCGCCAAUCAAUGGUACUUACUCUGUUGUUGUACCGUACUCUGACGAGGUCACACUGGUUUGGUUUGGUAGCAAGGCUUUAUCAGCAUGGUCGAAAGCACGGUCUAGUGCAGAUCUGGCGCAAAACUUCUCGUGGGGGCCUUCCAGCGCCCAAACCUUUAAGAUCCAGCUGACAGCGGGCACUUAUACGCCAUUCCGGGUUUUCUGGGCCAAUGCACAGGGAGAUUAUUCUAUGAUCAUUACAGUCACAGCUCCAGACGGUACUGUUAUCGUUGAUGGCUCUGGAUCUUCAAGCAAAUACUUUGUUAGGAAGCUCGGAAUUCAGAUGGGAGAGAUCUUUCGUUUCUUCGAACCUCUCAGGCCUUCCAUAUCUUCCAACAUUUCAUCACCAGUCUUUUACUACCCAACAAUGGCCAAAACAUUAUUUGUCAACGGCCGGAUUCUGUCCAAGACAGAGACGGGCCUUAACGGCAACGCCCACUUCUCUGACUGCAUGCUCGUUCAAGACGACAAGAUCGUCGCGGUUGGGUCUCGUAGUGAGAUCUCCCAAAGCCAAGACGCAGACAUCCAGAUCCGCGAUCUUGAUCAGCGUGUUGUUCUUCCCAGCUUCAUCGAUGGCCAUAUGCAUCUUCUCCUCCUCGGCCAAUCACUCCGAAAGCUUGACCUAUCGCGAUGCACUUCACUUGAGGACAUCCGAUCAUGUAUCAGGAAAUACGCUGCUGAAAACCCAGAGACAACAACUAUUCUUUGCAAAGGAUGGAGACAUUACAUGACGCCCGGUGGAGUUACAGCCGCGAUGCUGGAUGAUCUUGAUCUUCGACCGAUUUUCGUCGAUGCCGGCUCGUUACACUCUUGCUGGUGCAACACCGCGGCCCUGAAGGAGCUUGAGGUUGAUGAUAUGCCGGAUCCGGCUGGUGGCAAGAUUUAUCGUGAUGCGGAUGGAAAGCCAUCUGGUCUUUUAGACGAAGGCGCCAUGAUGUCCAUCAUUUGGCCUUUCCAAGCAAAGUCAUCCCCCAAGCAUGAACGAAUAGAGGCAAUUCGUGCGGCCGUAGAAGAGUACAACGCAGCUGGCUACACCGGCGCAGUCGAAAUGGCCAUGGAUGAAGAAGCAUGGGACGCUCUCGUAACACUAAAAGAAACAGAACCCAAUCUACCACUACGACUGGCAGCAUACUGGCUCAUUAAACCGACCGCUGACCUUGAAAAAAUCUCGAAACAAGUGCAGCGUGCUAUCGAGUUGAGCAAGCAGUACAACUCGACAUCAAGUCCUGAUCUUCGACUUGUCGGAAUCAAGGUCAUUACUGAUGGUAUUAUCGACGCAUGUACUGCCUACCUGUCUGAGCCGUAUACCACUACUGGAAGCCCACCGCCAAUCUGGGAACCUGAGUUCCUCGAACCCGUUGUCAAAGAGGCUGACGCUGGUGGCUUGCAGGUUGCCUUGCAUGCUAUUGGCGAUGGCGCUGUGAGAAUGGCCAUUGAUGCUAUUGAGAAACACGCCACACCAGGCCGAAGGCAUAGAAUCGAGCACUUGGAACUCGUUUCCCCAGAAGACGCUAAGAGGCUUGGAAAGCUUGGACUAACAGCAUCCAUCCAGCCCAUCCACGCAGAUCCUACGGCGUUGACCAUGUGGACUGAACUCAUUGGAGAGGAUAGAUAUGAACGAGCGUUUGCAUACCGAGAGUUUGCCGAUGCAGGUGCCCUGAUGGCGAUUGGUACCGAUAGCCCUACAUCACCAUGGUCACCUAUGCAUAAUUUCCAUGUCGCUAUCAACAGGCAAUCCUCCAAGAACCCAGAGAACCCUAAGAUAGUACACGAGCACUUUAGGCUAGGUUUGUGUGAGACGUUUGUGGCGGCUACAGAAGGUGCAGCUCAGAGUGUUUUUGCUGAAGAUCGUGUUGGAAGCUUGACACCUGGGAAACUGGCUGACUUUAUUGUCGUUGAUAUGGAAUGGGAUCCUAAGACGUUACUCAAGGCUGAGGUGAAGGAGACUUGGUUUGGAGGAUCUCGGGUAUUUUAG